AGUCCGGAACAGGAGAGAAUCAAGGUGCCCCGCUGUGGAUUCCUAUCUUAUGUAACUCCAGUAUAAAACACAGGCCUUAAUAGGCACGUCAAGCAGUCAGAGGCAGAGGCACCGAGAGUCCCAGACAGACGGGCGCACCAGGUCAUCUUUUCCACUGGCAGCCACAAGACAUAACUGGCGCACUGACAGGCGGCAAGCAUCUCCUGCACGAUCUGAAAUGGACUUCAUUCUGCCACCCACUCUCUCGGCUGGUGGUAUCCCAUGGGAGAAAGUUUUGCCACCUCUUAUUCCUCGGCUGAACGGAACAUAUGGAAAAUAUAAUUGGACCCCGGAAUUGCUCAUUCCAGAGAGCGACCAUGCCAGCUCUGCAAAGGUAAACUGUGACCACAGUGGCUUUACAGUCGAAGUUGAUGUUAAACUCUUCAACCCAGAAGACCUAAUGGUGAAAGUGACGGGAGACUUUGUAGAAGUGCAAGGAAAGCACGAAGAGAAAAAGAAGGAUGGUCCUGGGUUGGUAACACGGCAGUUUAACCGCCGCUACCGAAUCCCUGAGGGAGUGGACACCAUGGCUUUGGAGUCAGCAGUCUCUCCGGAUGGCAUCCUUAUCAUAUCUGCACCUAUGUUGCAUACCAAGAGCCCAGGAUCACUGAUAGAAAUGCAUUAAUAGCAAACUCAGGCAAACACACAAGCCUUUUCCAUCUUCACUGCACAUGAAAACAGAAGCUGAUAUAAACACAUGGCAUAAAUAGAAACAUUCUGGCCUUCACCAGUUGCAGUAACACUCCCACCAAGUGCCAAAACAAACUUUUGUUAUGUUCCUGGCAGUUUUAUAUUCCCUGCACUCUAAGGUUUGUAUAUACUGUCCUGCAGUUACUCAUCAAUCUUAAUGUUUCAAGGAGCCACUCAGUGUAAAUAUU